UUUUCGAGUGUUGUAUUAGGUGAUGGUAGGUGUCCUGCUGUUGAGAGGAGUCAAUCGCUGUGGCGGGACCUUUCGUUUUAUUUUUUCCUUUGGCUGUGUGUAUCUUGAAUGUCUUUGUGACAUCUUGUAGAUGCAGAAACUGGGUGUAAGUAGUAUCUUUGCGAUAUUAAUAUAUUUCUCUUUAAAGAAAAGAGCAAAGUGUGUUCCUUAAAUACUAAGAAGUCUAGGCCCGUAAGGGUUCCUUUUUUCUGUCCUUUUGGAUUUUUUUACCGUGUUUCUUUGAUUGACGCGUGUACAUGAUGGUCUUCUAGGGUGUCACUGGGUUGAUUUUUCCUGCGGUCACGUCUUGUUCACUGUUGACAUUGUCAUACUGUGUGCUCUUACUUAUUGACGCAUGUGUUGUGUGGUCUCCUGAAAGGUUCAUCUUUUCCUUUAAAAAAGUUUGGUCGACUGUGUGAUGUGAUGGCUGAAUUCAUGUGGCCGUUGUAAAAGUAUGUGGAUUGGUGUUGUUCCACAUGCCUUUGCAUGGCUCAUGCAUGUGGCCACGUUGGCUUCGCCUAUGCAAUCAAUUGACACGUUGCUUUCUGGUCUUUUCUCGUGGGUUCGUUUUGUUUUCUUCUCUUCUUUGGGGUGCCUAUAAGUACUUCCUUGUCUGGUCUUUGUUUAUAUCCCUCUUGUUGUGUGUUGGUUCGGUACAGCGUAUUCGCUCCACGUCGUUGGGUUCCUCUUCCUCCUCGGUUGGUGCCGCUGAUGGGAGGUAGCUUGCCCAAGUUGGUUCUGUUCAGCACACGCGGAGUCGUCGUCGGUGCGCUCGACCACGCCAAGGAGGGCGUCAACCCGGUGGACCAUGCGGGAGCAGGAUCUGCGUAGAACAUGUCCUCGCCGGACGCCCGUUCGUGGCACAUGCCGACGUCGCGGCCAGCCACAACGGACGCCCUCAUCUCUCCAAGGGAGUGAUACAACAUCGCCGACGCGGCAGGGCACGGACUGGACGCUCGGGCUCGGGCUAGCCCGGCUCCUCCUCCAUUGCAACGGGCGGGCGACUCGACCUGGUGAUGAAGGUGGCGAGGGCCACGACGAGGAGGACGUCAACGUCGUGGGCCUCGCGGGAGCAGGAUCCGCGCUCGGCCCCGUCGUCCGUGGUAUCCCCCCUACUCACGGCCAACCAGAAUGGACAACGUCAUCUCUCCAUGGAGUGGCACGCCGUUGCCGACGCGGUGGGGCACGGCUGCGCGGCCGGGGCACUCGAGCUCCGCCCCCUCUUCGGCGCACCCGCCCGCUAGCUCGGCGGUUCAAUCUCGGGCGCGACUGGUCUCCGAGGCAGAGUCGUCGGCGGCGCACUCGACCUAAUGGAUGGGGACGGCAAGGGCUAGGAGGACAUCACGGACGAGCUCAGGAUGCUCAUCGACAUGUACAGACCGUCCUCCACUUGAUUUGUCUCAGAAGUCUCGAAUCAAAACUGCGGUUCACAUCGGUCUGCUAUCUACUGUCAGAAGAACUCAAAGCAUGCUAUAUUGAUAUGAUUUAUCACUGUUAUAUGUGGAUCCGUGCCUUGAGAGACGUGAUUUAGAACCAUGGUUCAGCCGAACCUAUGGAUCCAUGCCAUGCAUGUCAAUUCCAUCCAACACUUGAUGGCAUGCAUUGUUUUAACAUGCAAACAACUCCCACCAUGCAUUUUUUAAUCAUUCAUGCAUGUAUCCUCAUGAACAAUGUCCAGAAAUCAAUGGUGUGGAGCGUAGGUUCGGCUGAACCAUGGUUCCGUCAAACAUUUUCGUUGUUAGAUUUGAUACUGAAAUAAUGGAGCUGUACCACUUGCAGGGUAAUUCUGGACUGAGUUCAUCCAUUCAGUAAAUGCAUAUGUAGAAAUAUCUGUGACUUCUGCCUCACUAGGGAAUGAAUUUGCUCUAGAAGCCGUGUGAGGGUAGAGAUAUAGUCUAGUGUCCUAGGAUUUCAGCAAUAUACGACUGGAAGUAGGUUCAUGUGAUUGAAACUGUACAGGGUGAUUUCUCACGCUUCUGUAUGAAUGUGAAUUCGAGCUGUGAUUGUUUGUCGCAGUCUACAGUUUUGCUCCUCUAUUUUUAUAGCCAAGCACAGUUUGCCCUUUUAAGCCAUUUGUGUUUGCAUCAGCAUUCAGAUUUUCUGUGAACACGAUACCCUCCAAUUUCUCAUUCUUCUACUAUUCCGUUGUGCAAUAACCUUUCAAAAAGAAAAA